GAAUCAAUUAUCGAAAGAAGAUCUAGGGACAGUGCAAACGAUUAAGAUCAAAGAGAAGAGGAGCUUUCAGUGUGAUAUCAUACUGAUUCUCGUACGAUGGAACUUCAGGAAAUGUUUCGUUACGGCUAUAUGUUUCCACCACGCGAGGAUGAAGUCGGAUCAUGUACGUACUUGGAAUUACCGAGUUACACGACCUAUACCAAAACAAAGUCAGGCUUGCCUCCAGUGAGCACUUUGACUGUACCUCGUUGCGUGAUAUAUGAAAGUAACAGAAGCGACGGUUGGCACACUCCGAGUCCUGCGGCGAGUGUACGAUCCGUCAGUCCUGCUACGACACUCUCGAUUUCUUCAGAACCAGAAACUAAUAUAAUUGGUGGCUCUUCCUAUCGUCUUUUGUCUGGAGCAACGGAAGACCAAAGAUAUACAACCAAAAGAAUGGCUAAUAGUACUGGUUGUGUCGUGAUUGGAAAAACACGAUCCUCGCGCUUGGAUACCGUAGAUCUUGGAGAAGAGUUGGAUGUGGAUGCUGAUGGGGAAGUUGAACACGAUAAAGCUCAAUCCUGUCGUGGAAGCGUCGUCAGCAAUUCUAGUGGUCUUUCGGACAGAACAAUGGAUGCCGAUAGCGAAGACGAUGAAGAGACAAGCGACGGUCCUGAUUCAGCUGGUAAUCCAACUUCUUCUGGACGAGAUGCAAGGAGACGAGGCAAAUACGUUAGCUCUACGACGGUUAGGAAACGAAGACUAGCUGCCAAUGCUAGAGAGAGAAGACGGAUGCAGAAUCUUAACAAAGCUUUCGACAGGUUAAGAGCUUAUCUACCUUCGCUUGGAAAUGAUAGACAGUUAUCCAAAUACGAAACUCUUCAAAUGGCACAGUCUUAUAUCACGGCGCUUUACGAUCUUUUACAAUAACGAUCAUUUGACAGGAGUUGCUUCAUCUUGAAUCUCUUCUCGAGUCCUUAACAAAUUAGGUAUAAUAUAAUAUCAAUCGAAUUAAUCGAUGUACUUUGUGACAAAUGAAAAUAUCAGUAUUAUCUUGAACAAUAGGGUAUCGAACGAUAAUGAAUUGUUUUUAAAAACGAGACCACGCACACAACAUUAUGCGUCCGACCUUUUUUUUUUACAGAUAUCAAUCAUAUCCUCUGUACAUACUAUCACCCACCGAUAACUUGUAUAUUUUGUACGAUAGUCUGACUAAUUAUGCGAUAAAUAAAAUUAAUUCAACGUUGUAUUAUAUAGCGUAACAUAUAAUUUAUUGUAAUUGAGGUAAGUGACAAAGAAGAACAAAGUGAUAUUUUUGUGAAUAAA